GCGCCGAUCCGCCAUCGCCUGAGGCGGCGGCGGCGGCCUGGGCAGGGCGGUGCCUCCUCUCCCGCUCCUUCCUUCCAAAACCAAGGAUUUAGGGGGUUAUUAAUUUUAUUUGCGGAUAAAGAGUGCCCGCAUGAGCUCGCUUCUUGUAAGAAGUGUUUGUGUAAGAUCAAAGGAUGAUCUCUCAUGUUCUUGCGUUCGGUGCCGGUCAAAAGUUUGAGCGCGGAGAAUGCCGGGGGAAGGCGAGGACAAGCCCUGUGCUUGGAGCAGUGUUACAGAGUUUUCUUGGAAACCUUUUCGUUCCUGUUUGUGAGAUCGAUGUUGUACUUAAUGAUGCUGAAACACGAAAACCUGCAGAAAUCAAAACAGAAGAUGGUAAAGUAGAAAAGCAUUUUCUCUUCUACGAUGGAGAAUCUGUUUCAGGAAAGGUGAACGUCUCCCUUAAACAUGGGAAGAGGCUAGAGCACCAAGGAAUCAGAAUUGAAUUUGUAGGACAAAUUGAACUCUUCAAUGACAAAAGCAAUACCCAUGAAUUUGUAAACUUAGUGAAAGAACUGGCCUUACCCGGAGAACUGACACAAAGCAGAAACUAUGACUUUGAAUUCAUGCAGGUUGAAAAGCCAUAUGAAUCCUACAUUGGUGCCAACGUCAGACUGAGGUAUUUUCUAAAAGUGACAAUAGUGAGACGGCUGUCAGACUUGGUGAAAGAAUAUGAUCUGAUUGUUCACCAGCUCGCUACGUACCCAGAUGUAAACAACUCCAUCAAAAUGGAAGUAGGCAUUGAAGACUGUCUCCACAUAGAGUUUGAAUACAAUAAAUCAAAGUAUCACUUAAAGGAUGUGAUUGUUGGAAAAAUUUAUUUCCUCUUAGUAAGAAUAAAAAUUCAGCACAUGGAGCUGCAGCUGAUCAAAAAGGAGAUUACUGGAAUUGGACCCAGUACUACGACAGAGACUGAAACCAUUGCAAAGUACGAAAUAAUGGAUGGUGCACCAGUUAAAGGUGAAUCGAUUCCUAUAAGAUUGUUCUUAGCAGGCUAUGACCCAACUCCAACAAUGAGGGAUGUGAACAAAAAAUUUUCAGUGAGGUACUUCUUAAAUCUGGUGCUUGUGGAUGAAGAAGACAGACGAUACUUCAAACAGCAGGAAAUAAUUCUAUGGAGAAAAGCUCCUGAGAAGCUGAGGAAACAACGGACAAACUUCCACCAGCGAUUUGAAUCUCCAGAGUCACAAGCAUCUGCUGAGCAGCCCGAAAUGUGAACUGGUCUGAGGUGAAAAACUUUGCAGUGCUUCAGCAGGUUAAAGAUGGCAGCAGCCUGUGGGAAAAGAAGGCCAGAAUUCCCAUUACAACUGUCUUCCUUCAUCUUGCAGUGCUGCGUUUACCAUGCUACUAAAGCGUUCUUCAGUUAAACAGUCAAGUAUGUAUAUACAUUUAAAAUAAAGUGCUUUCUCAAACACUGGAACUUUCUUAAGCUACUAUUUUAUACUGCACAUUUCCUUUUAUUUGAUAAUGUUGUAUGCACUUGGGUAUGCAAAAGCUUAAAUCUAGUUAUUUCCAUGCAUGGUAGGCUGGUGUAUUUGAUUUUUGCUGCUCACCUCUACGAUGUAGACUAAAAGCAUUUCCCGUCUCUCAUGUUGUUUAUUGCAUGUUUGUUUCCAAUGUUGCUUAUUUGCUUUGUUUUGUUUUGAAACUGCAUUAAGACACAAUUGACUAAAUCACACUAAAAAUCAAGGUUUAUGGUGCAUUUGUCCUAAAAUCUCCCAAUUACUACGUUAGACAGGGUUUAACUGAAGCUGCAUGUACGUGCACUGUGACUGGAGCCUUCAGACCAGCGGUUCUAAGAGGCUUUGCAUCUGUCAGUAACAGAGAAUAUUGGGAAGCAUCUUUGCCCUCUCUCCCCCAGCUCUCUGUCAGACUUCUCUAAGUCUUUCACACGAGUUGCUCCUAACUUCUGGGGGCUCGUUACCCAGUAAUUAGUGACUGUAGGGUUGAGUUCACCCUCAGGUGGUGAGCGGGUAAAGUAUUUGAACAUAGUUAUCUUAUUGAUGAAGUAAAUGCUGGUAACACUGAUUAUUUUGCAAAUAUGUGAAACUGUGUUUCCUCCUGGCUUCAUGAUUCCGCUGUCUUCACAGUCAGUGUCUUAACUGUCCUGACAGGAGAGGCAAGAUGUCCCCAAAGGACCUCUUAGAGCAAACAAGCUUCUUGUGGUCUUCUGCAAAGGUAUUCAAAGCCAGGCAAGCCUUGAAACUUAGAAGCUUGUCUGGCUCAGCAGAUUGUUUGUCUUUAUCAUCAUCUCAUAGGCAUUUAGUGUUUGAAGAAGUAGCUUAAAGGAGUUAAGUGUUCAUCUGUUCACCACAGAGCGUGGGGUCUGUUGUCAGACCUGUGGCUUGGGCACAAAUGGAAGCCUGCUGUGAGGAAGGCAACUUGCACUUGUAGUUCACUUGGCCUUUAAACCAAGGCUUCUCAGCUCCGGUGCAAGUGUCAUUGGUAACCUUACUUUAUGAGUAAGUAAAUAAUCAAAUUACAUUUCUGUAAGAACUGUUUUAUUACUGCGGCACUUUGAUAAAGCAAAGACUCUGUGUACUUUAUGCUAGGAUACUCCUAACACGGAUAUCUUCGGCUGAGAGCAAAUCCAACUCCCUCAUGUAAGUGCCUGUUCAGAAACUUAGAAGAAUUAAAAAAAAAAAAAAAAACCCAACCAAAUAUUUUCAUGGUCACUUGCAUGUCGUAAACCUGGGAACGAUGAUUUUGAAAAACUUGAUUGUACUUAACCAGCCUCAGAUUGUGCAACCAUGUAUAACGAGCGGGGGGAAAACAUCCUAAGCUGCUAUUUGAAUUAUUAAACCAGCUGUAUUCUCACUAAA